AUGCCUGAGAAAAACAUGGAAUCUUUGGCGACAAAGAUCCGUCUCAUUACACUGAACUGCUGGUCGCUGUCAAGUGAACUCCAACAACUUGCUCUAUCCAGGCUUCUGCGAUAUCUACAUGCACCGUUUGCUGCAUUGCAGAAAACACGCAUCAGGGAUCGCCCUCCCAUCAGUGUCGACAAUUACACCAUCUACUGCGGCGAUUCUGAUGAAAGGAAAAUAGGAGGCUGCGCAGUAGCUGUUAGGAACGAUUACAACAAUCUGGUGGAGGAGUUUGGACCUACGUCGUCAAGAUGCGCCUUUAUACGAUUGCGGGAUCGCAGAGGGUUCAAACUCAGGCUCGGUAGUCAUCGACGCCAUCAGCUUACGUGGCAAGGGACAACCCCAUUAACGCCAGAAGAGCAGCGAAAACGGAAGGUACCGACUCUUAAGCUUCAACUCGAUUACGUUCCGAAGAAGAACAUCGCUCUGUCAGACAUGUGA